UGUUGCACGAAUCUAUCCCAUCGACCUACAGAUAAAGGAUACUACAGAUACAGUUAAGUCGCCCUCAUAUCUUGACUUACAUCUAGAAAUUGACAAUGAGGGUCGGUUGAAAACAAAACUUUACGACAAAAGAGAUGAUUUCAGCUUCCCAAUUGUGAACUUUCCAUUUCUAUGUAGCAACAUUCCAGCAGCGCCUACAUACGGAUUAUGUAUCUCCCAAUUGAUACGAUAUUCCCGGGCUUGUAUUUCCUAUCAUGAUUUCCUUGAUAGAGGUUUGCUGCUCACUGGUUGGUCUUGUGUGGACGAGACGCACGUCUGGCGUAUUGAAUUUUAAGCCUAGUACCUUCUGCUAGCUAUUAUUCGUGUGUUUCUUUGUCCUAUAUGUUCUCCCAUUUAUUUGUAUUGUGGUCCUGUCAUGUGAUGUUGUCGUUUUGGUGUUGUGUUUGACGUUGCCAUAAAAGUGGGAGGUUUGGCAUGCCACAAAACCAGGUUCAACCCACCAUUUUUUUCUUAAAAUGUCCUAUACCAAGUCAGGAAAAUGGCCAUUGUUAUAUUAUAGUUCGUUUCUGUGUGUUUUACAUUUUAAUGUUGUGUUUUUGUUGUGUCGUUGUUCUCCUCUUAUAUUUGAUGCGUUUCCCUCAGUUUUAGUUUGUAACCCGGAUUUGUUUUUAACUCUAUCGAUUUAUGAGUUUCGAACAGCGGUAUAUUACUGUUGCCUUUAUUAAACCAAGAGUUCCAAAUGGUGAAGUUGAAAUCAUCUCUUCGUAAAUUUUACGGACGCCAUCACGAGUUGGUUGACCGUUAUGGAAUAAUCGUUUCACAGAUGAUAUCGGAUAUGUUCCUUAUGUCGUCACUACAAUACUCUUCCCUUUUCACGAAUGUGACUUACUGAAUUAGACUAUUUACCGGAUUUGUAAUUACAUAAGCAACACUACGGGUGCCACAUGUGGAGCAGGAUCUGCUUACCAUUCCGGAGCACCUGAGAUCACCCCCAGUUGUUGGUGGGGUUCGUGUUGCUAAGUCUUUAGUUUUCUAUGUUGUGUCAUCUGUACUAUUAUUUGUCUGUUUGUCUUUUUAUUUUUGGCCAUGGUGUUGUCAGUUUGUUUUCGAUCUAUGAGUUUGACUGUCCCUCUGGUAUCUUUCGUCCCUCUUUUAAAAGUAUACUAUUUGCAAAUUGGUUUAUGAUUGAAAUUUCAUUAUCAGUUUAAAUGAUAUCAAGUCUAUUUAAUAUUAAAAUAACUCCGUUAUAUUCAAUACAAAGACAGGGAGAUGUGGUGUAUGAUUACCAAUGGCAAAACUAUCUAUAGACCGAAAACGAAAGAUAAAUAAAAUCAGGCUACAGUACCACUUUCAACAAUUUAAAAAAAAAACCUGAACCAUAUUGUAAGCUUUAAAAGGCCCAAAACAACAAAAUGUUCAAAAAUUGAAAAAUUGGAUAACCAACGACCGCCUUAGUACUACACAAAUAAAAAAAUCAGAUAUGACAGACAAGAACACAUGGCAGACGUUGGGCAAAUUAGACUUAAUUGAACACUUUUCUCUGAUUUUUUGUUCUUCUCAACAAUAAAAAAUGUUUCAACUCACCAACGACAACCACUUUAUUUCAAGUAUAUAUCGUUGAAUACUACAUGUUUACAGUGGCGGAAUUAAACAUUCUCUCCUCACCUUGAACAAUUUUGUAACAACAUAAAAGAAGAACAAGCUGUACAUCAUUUCAAAAAGGACUGACUUAUCAGAUUUUAACGACGCACAAAACAACUAACACAAGAUAAAAGAUUCAACAAACCGAUCUAAGAGUCAGUCAUCAACAGAUUAUUCAAAGACGAUUACAAUUAAUUACAAUGUAACACAUCAGAAGGAAUUUAGAACAAGGACCAAUCAAUAUCAAAAGGACAAACUACACAAAAUACCGAUAUAACAGUCAAUCAAUAAUUGAAACCGACAUUGUGUAUUCUGUUUAUAUGGCUUUAGAUGAUUUAAGUUUUGUAUUUUGCUUCAAAUCAACUAAAAUUAAAUUUGUUUUGUUGGAUUGUUGGUAUCAACAGGUACUUAGACAAUAAUCCACUGGACUGUUCCAAAUGUGAAUUAAAAAAGUUCCAGGAAUUUCUGCGAAAUAAAAGAAAUAUGUAUGUUUCCGGUGCAUCGUGUGACAACAAACAAUUAAUUGAUCAUGACUUCACCAACUGCAAAGAAAUAACAACAGAACAUAGAGAAGAAACAUCAACUCUUCCCCAGCAGCAAACAAGCCUUAUUAUAACUAGUACAGAAAUAACAACAGAACAUAGAGAAGAAACAUCAACUCUUCCCCAGCAGCAAACAAGCCUUAUUAUAACUAGUACAGAAAUAACAACAGAACAUAGAGAAGAAACAUCAACUCUUCCCCAGCAGCAAACAAGCCUUAUUAUAACUAGUACAGAAAUAACAACAGAACAUAGAGAAGAAACAUCAACUCUUCCCCAGCAGCAAACAAGCCUUAUUAUAACUAGUACAGAAAUAACAACAGAACAUAGAGAAGAAACAUCAACUCUUCCCCAGCAGCAAACAAGCCUUAUUAUAACUAGUACAGAAACAACAGAAGCAUUUCCAUCUUUUGCUUCAACAGAUAAUCCAGCAAGUACAACUGAUAGCACUACAGGUAUAAUAAAUACAGAAGUUAUAAUUUUUAUUUCGAUUGGAUCUGGCUUUUUUCUCAUUCUCGGUUCCAGUGUCGUUUGCUUUUGUGUACAUAGGAGAUGUAAAAAAGCAAACAUAACCCGGAAUGUAGAAAUUGGUCGAAAUAUAGAUAACCGUGCAGCUCUGGAAAACCGUAAUGUUGAAAUGAACCGAAACAUUUCAACGGAAAGAGGAGGUGAUCACGAAUACACAGAAAUUAACGAACUUGAAAUGUCAGAUUUCGUCGCAUCACCAUCCGAACAACGUCCUCUUUCUGAUGACGAUACUACCUCAAGCGAUUCAUCAAUUGGGAUUAGGUUUAUAAGCGAUGGAUAUCUAAAUCCGUAUCAGGCAUUGCUGCCUGCACCGCAGCAGCCUGAAAACAUUUAUGAGGAGCCUGAUGAAGACAGUAAUCCAUUAGAGGAGAAUAGGACCUAUACAAAUUUAUAUGAAUCUUUGGAAUCUAAUAGGCGGGAGGAAUCCCAUCUAUAUGCCAGAUGCAUCAGUGAACAGUCGCUAGAAAUAAAGGAUGAACCAAUUUAAAAACAAACAAAAAACGACCAAAGAACAAAAGACAGUAGUAAAUAGUAUAAACAGUGAUAUUUUCACUUUUGAUAUCAACUGGUCAGUACAACUAGUGGAGACUAUUAGUCCCCCGCGUACCUUCGCCUCAUAAGUCAAUGCUUAGGUACUUUCAUGCUGUAUUGUAUGCCAUUCUCUUUUGAUAAAUUUCGGAAUAAUUAAGAAAAUAUGGUUCAAACUCCACCAAGCAAAGUUGUCCUAAGAUGGAUGUAGAUAUUAAUUUUAGGUCCUUUCUCAUCAUAGAGCUCUAAAAGUGAUCAGGUACAUUUGGUUCGGGAACACAGUUAUCGUCCUUUGAUUUUCGUUGUCUACUAAUAGAGUCCCUAGUGUGGACAGUUUAUAACUUGCUAAUUUUUUUCACAUACCUUUCAAAUUUAUUUCUUUAUAUUUUAUGCAAAAAAAAGUAAGUAGGGGGUGAUCUUACUUGUCUAAAAAGAUUGGGGCAUCGAUUUUUAGGUAAAAAUGUGAUUUGGUCCAGUUUGAAAAGGUCAAAAAUUAGUAUGUCUGAAGCUGUCAAACUGAUUUGCAGACCCCCUUAACAAAGAAUUGUUUAUAUUUUGAGUUAGAGCCGAUAGACUGUUCUAUAAUGUGGAUAUAAUGUGUCCCUAAAGUAGUAGACUACACUGUAAAAAAAUCUUUUUAGGAUAGAGCAGGUGCGAUUUUUUCAAUUUUCGUUUUUUGUCUAAAAGAAAUGCACUACGAAAUAACUGUAUUCUUAAACCACAUAUAAUCCCUUGACUGUCACCUUUUUUCGGCUUUGAUCAUUUUUCAUGAAGUUAAAUCAAGUAACUAGCUUCUGAUGCAUAUCAUAAUUUAUAUUGUGUUAAUCUAGUAUUCAAAAUCUUGAAACAGAAAUUGAAACUGGCCACAUAAAGUAGAACGUAAAAAGAUCAAAACAUAAAAAUGCACUUCAUGUCAUUCAAUAUUCUCCUACCCAUUUGUUAUGUCAAUUAUGGCCUGUUGAUACAAUUUGUAAUGCUUUUUUGUUAUUUAAUGUUUACUAAUUUAGUUUAUAUCUCGUAUCUCUAUUUUUGAUAUAUACCAGCUUUGAUAAGUGUUUGCUAUGACUAUAAAUGUUCACUUUUGUUCUCAUACUAUGAAUUUUGUAAAAAAAUAUUUCCAUUCUCCAUUUAUACUGUAUACCUUUCAACAAAAUUAUUUUCAUUUACCUGUCGACAUUAUUCUAUUUGGCGGCAUUUUGUUCAAGGUUAAGGUUUUUUUUCUGAAAUUGUUUAACAUCUAACCCCUUAUUUUAUUGAUUUUGUAUUUAGAUUGUGUCAUAGAUCAAAUUUAUUCGUUGUGUAUGUUCAAUUGUGUUUAUAUGUCUUUUGAUUGAGUUAAGCCAUUUCAAUUGAUAUUUUAUAGUGUCUUUCUAUGUUGUGAUGUUACACUUUUGUUCCAGAUAAGGGUAAAGGUUGGUACCUGUUAAAACGUUUAAACCUGCUGCAUUUGUUUGCACCUGUCCUAAGUCAGAAACCUGAUGUUCAGUAGUUGUUGUUUGUUGAUGUGGUUUCUCGUUAUUCGUUUUUUAUAUAGAUUAGACCGUUGGUUUAUCCGUUUGAAUGGUUUAACACUAGUCAUUGUUUGGGCUCCUUAUAGCUUGCUGUUCGGUGUGAGCCAAUGCUCAGUGUUGAAGACCGUACUUUGACCUAUAAUGGUUUACUUUUACAAAUUGUGACUUUGAUGGAGAGUUUUCUCAUUGGCACUCAUAUCACAUCUACUUAUAUCUAUCAGAAUGUCAAUUUGAAUUUUUGUCGGUUUAUAAAUAAUUGUAUACAGCUGUAUAUAAACAAUCUAGUGUUUAUUUAUGUAAUCAUGGUCAGAUAUGUAUUGUAUGGAAGCUUAUCACAUAUUGAAUUUGUCUGUUCUGUUUAAUAGUAUAAAUGAUAAGGCAAAAUAGCAUGUAAUGCGUUUAUAAAUAUAAUUCAGCAUUUCUGUUAAUUGACGAUAGCAAAGCUGCAAUUAAAUACUAGUUCUAAAAUUUGCGAUAUGACAACUUCACGUGUUAACGUUUUUUUAACAUUGCCAUAUAAGCGGGAGGUUUGGCUAGCCAUAAAACCGAGUUUAAACCAAUCAUUUUUUUCUUAGAUUGUCCUGUAGCAAGUCAGGAAUAUGGCAGUUGUUAUCAGACAGCUCGUUUCUUUGGAUGUUAGCAUUUGCUUUUUUGUGGUUCAGUGUUUCUGUUGUUCCAUUGUUUUCCUCUUAUAGUUGAUGUGUUUUCCCCGUUUUUAGUUUGUUACCCUGAUUUGAGUUUGCUUACACAUCAGUCCACCACACAGAAAACUUAAGAUUAAGAAACACGAACCAACCUUGAAGUCAACAAGAAAUCAUAUAUCAAUGAGGAUCAACAGCUAUUGCUGUAUUAGUGGCAAGCGUUAUUAUUCUUCCUUUGUUAUCAUAAUAGCAGACAUGUGGGGUUAGUUUUUCAUGUUUUACAGAACAUUCAAUUUUGUAAAACGGAAUGCUGUUAGUUGCUUUUCACAGAUAUGUAUUCUUUAUGUCUAGAGUGUAUACUAACCUUGUUUGUCAAUGAAAAUGCUCUAUUUUCUUUGGAGUCCUGUCAUUACCGUUAAUGACUUCUUCUAUAUGGUGUUGUAAAAUGCAUUUAGAAAGUAUUACAAUAGGAUGUAUGUGUAUUUGUAUAUUGUUCUGUAUUUGUGUUCAAUUUUCGAUUGAUACAUUGUGUACUUACAUCAUAUCUAGGUGUAAUACCACCAUUAUUUCCCCCUAUUAGUCUUUGUUAUAUUUGCAAUUUUCAAAAAAUUGAGCAGAAUUUAUCUUUGUUUCAAAUAAAGAACUACUCGGUAUGAGUAAAGUUUUAUCCUGUCCAGUACUACAGACAACAUUUCACAUAACAUUUUAUCGCAUAGAAGAUGAUAACCAUCACUUGAAGUAAACCAAUCAAAUGUCCACCUCUUUAUUUCCUGUUUACAAGCUUUAGUAACCAUGUAACCUCAAUAUUCCAAAAUAUUUUAUAUAAACACCGAAUAAAAAAAGAGUGGUGCUCUGAACCAAACAAGAUAUAUGUUUAGGACUCAGAAAUUUUUUACUGCAAUGAAAUGUAGGAUUAAUUUCAUACAGCUGUCAAAUUCAGGGGAAUAUUUUUUUCGACGCUUUUUCGUAAACAACCGGAUGUGAAGUACUAUUAGUUGGUGGUAUUACACCUGUAUGGUGAGAUUUUUGAUAAAUUUGCAUAUAAAAAGCAACUGCUGUAUAUUUUUUUUUUAAUAUGUCUACUUUGUACAUUUAUUUACUCUUUGUAAUUAUAAAUCAAUUAUUCAUUUUUUUUGUUUUAUAUACCAAACCCCUUAACACCAUAGUCAGGUGUUGAUGUAUAGGGAUUGUAAAAGUCUGACUACUAAAAAAAAAAAAAAAAAACUCUCUCUCAAAAAAAAAAUAAAAAUUAUAAAUUUGGAUCGAUUUUGUUUGUAAUUAUAAUAAAUUGUGCUUACUGAUA